AUGCUCACGAGGAACUGCUCGCUGCUGCUCCUCUGGUUUCUCCUGGACAAAGGCCUCCUCUCACCCCUCCACUCUCCGCCCAGGGGCAGGAUGGGAAAGGAGCACCACAGGGGCAUGAUGGGAUUGCGGAGGAGUGGAGGGGCGGGGUUUCAGAGGGUGAAGAGGGGCUGGGUGUGGAACCAGUUCUUUGUCCUGGAGGAAUACAUGGGAUCCGACCCACAAUACGUGGGAAAGCUGCACACCGACUUGGACAAGGGUGACAGCGAGGUGAAGUACACCCUCUCGGGGGAGGGUGCUGGCUCCAUCUUCACCAUCGACCAGACGACGGGCGACAUCCAUGCGCUGCGCAGCCUGGACAGAGAGCUGAAGCCCUUCUACACGCUGCGGGCCCAGGCGCUGGACCUGCACACCGGCCGCGCCCUGGAACCCGAGUCCGAGUUCAUCAUCAAGGUGCAGGACAUUAACGACAACGAGCCCCGCUUUCUGGAGGGGCCGUACACCGCCAGCGUCCCUGAGAUGUCCCCCGUGGGUGCGUACGUGAUGCAGGUGACAGCUACAGACGCAGACGACCCCACCUACGGCAACAGUGCGCGCGUCGUCUACAGCAUUUUACACGGGCAGCCAUACUUCUCCGUGGACCCCAAGACAGGAGUGAUCCGGACGGCUCUGCCAAACAUGGACAGGGAGGUGAAGGAGCUGUACCAGGUUCUCAUCCAGGCCAAGGAUAUGGGGGGGCAGCUGGGGGGACUCGCAGGGACAACCACCGUCAACAUCACCCUCAGCGACCUCAACGACAACCCGCCCAGAUUCUCCAAAAGUAUAUUUCACCUGAGAAUUCCAGAGUCCUCACCUGUGGGGUCGGCCGUUGGGCGGAUCAAAGCGCACGACCUAGAUGCAGGGAAGAACGCAGAGGUGGAGUACAGCAUCGUCCCGGGAGACGGGGGCUCCAUGUUCGACAUCACCACCAACGAGCACACCCAGGAGGGCAUCAUCGUCCUGAAAAAGCGUUUGGACUACGAAACGAAAAAGGCCUAUGCCUUCAAGGUGGAGGCGUCCAACGCGCACCUGGACCCCCGCUUCCUCCACCUGGGUCCCUUCAAGGACACCGCCACCGUCAAGGUGAACGUGCUGGACGUGGAUGAGCCGCCCGUCUUCAGCAAGGCGUCCUACAGCAUGGAGGUGUACGAGGACACGCCCGUCGGCACCGUCAUCGGGGCCGUCACCGCGCAGGACCUGGACGCCGGCGGCAGCGCCGUCAGGUACUCCAUCGACUGGAGGCUGGACCGAGACAGCUACUUUGACAUCGAUCCUGUGGAGGGGACCAUUUCCACCAGCGAACUCCUGGACAGAGAGAGUGUGGCACAGCACAACAUCUCCGUCGUGGCGACUAAAGUUAAUAACCCUAUGCUGGCCAGCCGAGUAGCCGUCACCGUCCGAGUGCUGGACGUCAACGAGUUCCCCCCCGAGCUGGUCACACCGUACGACACCUUUGUGUGCGAGAACUCGAAACCGGGCCAGGUGAUCCAAACCAUCACGGCCAGGGACAGCGAUGAGCCCCCAGUGGGGCCGAAGUUCUUCUUCCGAUCACCGCCGCAGGACGUGAAGAACAAGAACUUCACCAUCCGGGACUACGGAAACAACACCGCCGGGAUCGUGACGAGGCGGAGCGGGUUCCGGCGUCGGCAGCAGGACCUGUACCAGCUGCCCGUGGUGAUCGAGGACAUCGGGUACCCCGUCCUGAGCAGCACCGGGACGCUGACGGUGCGGGUGUGUGCCUGCGACCGCGACGGCCGCCUCCUCUCCUGCAACGCAGAGGCCGUCUUCCUGCCCGUGGGGCUCAGCAAGGGGGCGCUAAUCGCCAUCCUCGUCUGCAUCGUCAUCCUCCUGGUGAUCGUGGUCCUGUACGUCAGCCUCAGGCGGCAGAAGAGGAAGGACACCCUGAUGACAUCGAAGGAGGACAUCCGUGACAACGUCAUCCACUACGACGACGAGGGGGGCGGGGAGGAGGACACCAACGCCUUCGACAUUGGCACGCUGCGAAACCCCAAGGCCAUGGAGGAGAACGGGGGCCAGCGACGUGAGGUGAAGCCCGAGGCCACGCCCCCCCGCCGGGCGACACCCGCGACGCGGGAAAGCUCGGACAUCCGGGACUUCAUCCAGCAGCGUCUGCAGGAACGCCACACCGACUCCUCCGCCCCCCCCUACGACUCGCUCGUCACCUUCGCCUACGAGGGGGAGGGGUCGGUCGCAGACUCCCUCAGCUCCAUCGAGUCCUGGACGGCGGAGGACGAGCUGGACUACAGACACCUCACCGAAUGGGGGCCCCCUUUCCAAACGCUAGCGGAGAUAUUCGGCGGGCAGGACUCUCAGGCCCGCGCCGCAGAAAGCAAAGAGGAGACCCGCGAGUCAGCGAGAAACUCCCGCGACAGCAGACAGACCUAGCUCUUUUUAAAAUGUUAUUUUAUAUGUUUUAUUGUAACAGUAAUCCUCUCUUUAAGGAGAAAGUCUGGGAAAU